UUUAGCAAGAUUUGGCAUGCGCAUGGCAUGUGUCCGCGAGGCUUUCUUAUCAGAAGGGAUUGGCAUUGAUGCGCGCUUAGUACGCACGCUUGAUGCUUUGAUAGGGUAGCUGAUGGACAAAAGGACGCGGGUUGGGGAGAGAAUUAAGCUUUGGAUACGCACAGCUGUCUUGCGCCUCAGUUGGCACGGGGCGAGUGGAUGGGGAGGGUCGCCCGUAUCUCUCUCUCUCUCUCUCUCUCUCUCUUUCUCUUGCGCUCUGUUCAGUACACCUACCGAUGAUGGCUGUGGCGAUGCCAGAGAGGGUCUCUGUGGGACUCGGCACUCUGCAUCGCAACGCGCAACCUUCCCCUUUGCUCACAAGGAAAAUUCAACAUCUUUUUACUAUAUACUAACUACAAUCGUUAUCGGUCGUCGUAUCUAUGGUCCUUGCCGGACAACCCGAGAUUCCCUUUCGGCUGAGCGGUUUUCGUCCCCCCCCCCCCGGGGAAGAAGUGGGAAUUGCGGGCUACACACGUGUGUGUGUGGGCAACGUGGAGUCGCAUGAAGAAAGAAAAAGAAAGAAAUGGGGUUCGUUCCCACCGGGGAAGGCGCAAAAAAACAAUGACUUUUGCAAACGACGCCCUUGUCUCGCUUCCACACACACACAUCCCCCCUUCCCCUCCCCCAUAACAAUCAAUCAAACCAUCCCGCCUUUUCGCUGUCUUCCCCGACAUUACGCAGUUUGUUGAAAUCUCGUUUACGCCAUGGUGACACAUUAUAAGU